AUGGAAAAUUAUAUUCAGCAAGCAAAAUCAGAAGAGAGGAAUAUAUUUCAGCAAUAUAUCAACAAAUGUAAAUUAUUUUACUGUAUAACACUAUGUUUGACAGCCGCGGCAGCUGCAUCAACAUGGAUCAGACCAUUAGUGUUGGCUCAACCCUUUCCAAUCGACGUUGAGUAUCCAUUUGAUAUAAACAAACAACCACUAAGAACUAUUAUUUACUUGCAUCAUGUGUUAGUUGUGUACCAAAGUCGUGUGCAAGCAUGUAGCAACAUCUUCGUAGCUCUUCUGCUUUGGUUCAUAGCAGCAAGAUUCAAGAUUUUGUCCCACAAAUUUCAAAAAAUUACGGACACCUCAGAGUUUAUAAUCUGUGUACAGCUACAUCAACGACUAUUACGAUAUGCAAAAGAUGUUAUUGUGGCAGUUCGAUAUAUAGCAUUGUCAACGAUAGGGAUCAGUACCAUAGUAGUGGUAUUUAGCGGUCUUACUUUUUUAAGCCGACAACCAAUAGCUAUACAAACCUCAUUUUUUGUCAUUGCCACAUCUGCACUUAUACAAGUCUUUAUGUGCGCAUGGCCAGCUGAUUAUUUAUUACGCACGAGCAAUGACAUUGGCCAUGCUGGAUAUAAAUCGUCAUGGUACAGUAAAAAUAUAUCUUUACAGAAGAAUUUGUUAUAUACUGUGUCGAGAAGUCAACAACCUGUAACUCUAACAGUGCCAUGUAUGCUACCGACUCUUUCACUUAAUUAUUAUGCCUCUUGGUUUAAUUAA